AUGGGAUCUGGUAGUUCUAUCAGUGUCAACUACAAGUAUUCCCUGCAGAAGUCUGAGAAAGCGUUCAAGGCAGCGGUCCUGAUCCAGCAGUGGUACCGGCGCUAUGUCGCGCGGCUGGAGAUGCGCCGGCGUUGCACCUGGAGGAUCUUCCAGUCCAUUGAGUACUCUUGUGAGCAGGAUCAGAUCAAGCUUCACAACUUCUUCAGUUACCUCAUGGACCAGUUCACGCCAAGCAGCAGCAAAGAGAGGGAUUUCAUCAGUCGCAUGUUCAUAAGUGGUGAAAGCUACAAAGAGGCAGAGCUGGAAAAGUACUGUGACUAUGAAUCCAUAUCAGUGCCAGACUCCUACACUGGACCCCGUCUCACUUUCCCACUCCUUCCUGACCAUGCCACUGCCUUGCUGGAAGCUUUCAAACAGAAACAACAGCUCCACGCUCGCUAUGUCUUACACCUUCUGCACGAGACCAGGAAGCAUCUCAAGCAGUUGCCAAACAUCAGUCACGUCUCCACCUGCUACAGCGAGGAGGUCACUGUGUGUGGAGACUUGCAUGGCCAGCUGGAUGACCUGUUCCUCAUAUUUUAUAAGAAUGGCCUUCCUUCCCCUUCCAAGUCCUACGUGUUCAACGGGGACUUUGUGGACAGAGGCAAGCAGUCCCUUGAGAUCCUUAUCAUCCUCUUUGCCUUCCUCUUGAUCUAUCCCAAGGAGGUGCAUCUCAACCGUGGGAACCACGAGGACCACGUGGUCAACUUACGCUAUGGUUUCACCAAGGAAGUAACGCAGAAAUACAAGGUGCAUGGGAAGAAAAUCUUGAGGAUGUUUCAGAAUGUCUUCUGCUGGUUGCCCCUGGCCACCCUGAUUGAUCAGAAAGUCCUUGUUAUACACGGGGGCAUUUCUGACACCACUGACCUGGACAUGCUGGAGAAGAUUCAAAGGGACAAAUAUAUUUCUGUAUUAAGAAUGAAGAAAGGAAUGGAGCCGAACAGAAGAGCAGAAACACAGGACAUGAACGGGGAGAGCAGAGCAGAGGCUGAUGCAGCAGGGACCAAGGCAGCUCCCAGGACAUCCCUGCAGCCCCAGGCAGCCCAGGCUCCCAGCACAGCCAACAGGACGGAGUUCUCCAGGUGGGUCCGGCAGACGGCGCAGGAGCAGAUCGAUACGUGCCGCCGGCUGGUGGACAUCAGCGAGUCGGAGUCAUCUACCUGUUCCAGCAUGGCCUCCUUGAAGGACGUGGAUGAGCUGGGCUGGACCCACCAGGAGGAGUGGAAGCAGAUUUUAGACAUUCUCUGGAGUGACCCUGUGCCUCAGGAGGGCUGCAGUGCAAACACAGUGCGAGGGGGUGGCUGCUACUUUGGGCCCGAUGUGACAGAGAAGAUCCUUGAGAAGUACAACUUGCAGUUCCUCAUCCGCUCCCACGAGUGCAAGCAGGAGGGCUACGAGUUCUGCCACAACCGGAAGGUGCUGACCAUAUUUUCAGCCUCAAACUACUAUGAGAUUGGCAGCAACAGAGGAGCCUAUGUGAAGCUGGGACCAGACCUCAUCCCCCACUUUGUCCAGUACCAAGCCAACAAGACAGCCCAUACGCUCACCAUGACCCAAAGAAUCAGCAGAGUGGAGGAGUCAGCCUUUCGAGCCCUGCGGGAAAAGCUCUUUGCUCACACCUCAGCCCUCAUCAGUGCAUUCAAGGCCUAUGACAAGGACAACACAGGAAGGAUCACACUGAGCAACUGGGCGAUGGCAGUGGAGUCAGUGCUGCGCCUGGGGCUGCCCUGGAGAAUGCUGAGGCCACAGCUGGUGCGGAGCACGGAGGAUGGAAUGCUGGAAUACAAAUCCUGGCUGGAUGACCUGGCCAUGGAGCAGCGGAGCCAAGAGCACAUCCAGUCGAGCUUGCUGGAAGUCAUUUAUCGAAACAAAUCCAACUUGGAGACCAUAUUCAGGAUCAUAGACAAAGACCAUUCAGGCCUCAUCUCAUUUGAGGAAUUCCAGCAGACCUGGAAGCUGUUCAGCUCCCACAUGAACAUUGAGGUCACGGAUGAUGGCAUCAACGACUUGGUUCGCAGCAUUGACUUCAACAAGGAUGGAAACAUCGACUUCAAUGAGUUUCUGGAAGCUUUUCGCCUUGUCAAACAGUGCCAGUCCUGAGCACCUGGAGAGGGUUGCCAUGUCCCAUGCCUUGAUGUCUGCCAAGCCAGGGCUGCUCCUGCCUGGCUGCAGAGUGUGCCUGCACAUGCCAACAGGGAAAGGGAAGGCAGG